AUGGUCAUCCAGACAACGCUUCAGCAAACCAUCUUCAAGUCAUUUCAUAAACCAAUUCAUGUCACGCAGCUCAAUGAAAGCGAGCUGACGGAGAGCCAGACCUCGGAAUUCUUGCGGACCACACAUGGAGAUGUCUAUGGGAUUGCUGCCUCCUAUGGGCCACGACUUGUGCUCACAUCUGUUGCUUUCUCUACAUCAACCCGCGUUCUUUAUAUCAAAAUGACAGCGCCUCGCAAGGGAACGAAAGGCAAGUCGAAGACGCAGCCAGCAGCGUUGACGCGGAGCCGCGAUAUUCUGCGCGACCGUCUUCUCUGCCAUUUAGAUUUUAGAAAGCUCGGAUUCGACGCCCAUCGCAUUGCCAUCUCUCUCUAUCUCGAUCACAGUCUCUUCAUUACACGAGCCAUUGACCUACAGAGUGUCAUGACGAGCAACCGUCGAGCGCCUGCGACUCUUCUCCAGAUCCUAGGCGGCGAGGCUCAAUUGCACAAAGAGCAGCUUCUUAAUACUUUCUUUGGUAUCGCUUACGACAAGGCAAGUCCCGAGAACGUCUGCCUUCGGGCUUGGGCAGCCUGUCAAGCAGCUUCCGUCGGAUCUACAACCAAGCAGCUCCUUUCGGUACUUCCUAUCGAUACCUCAGCACUGGAGACCCUCCACUUGAAUGUGAUCGCGAAAGUUAUACGAGACUUCGAUCGUCUCUAUAUCUUGAAGCCGACUAGAGUGAAGAAUGAUGUUGCUACACAAUUCAGUCACAAGCAAGGCGCAUUAAACGUCGAGCUCACUCGUUUCAAGACUCGCCUACGGGUCUCCAGCUCGCAGUCGUUGGUCGUGGAGGUAGCAUCCAAGGGCCGCCAGGCUAUCUCUGCUCAAGGGCGUACAACCCGUCAGGCCGGAAAAGCAGCGCAGAUCUCGUUAAACAAAUCCGUCCCGGCAAACGGACAGAUCAAGAAUAUUUACACCAUUGGUAGAGAGGAAUUGACUCACGCCGAAAGCGAGCGGGAGCUAGUAGCUCUUCAAGUACUGCAAUGCAGAUCCGCAUUCUUCAGCAAGACCCUUGUUCGGCGGAUAUUUGUGGGCUGCAGUGGCAAGACUCUACAGACACGCUCUGCGAAGCGUCGUGCGCCUCCUGCGCCUCCCAUCUUGUUCCCGGGUAGACCUCUAAAUGCUUCUCAGACGGCGGCAGUACGCCGCAUCCUCUCGAAAUCCAGCGACGACCGAGUCUGUCUAGUCCACGGUCCGCCGGGAACGGGGAAAACCACGGUCAUUGCGGCGAGCGUUACGAGCCUCAUGGCAGCUCCCGUGGACGGCGUUGGCAUUUGGCUCGUGGCGCAGUCAAAUGUGGCCGUGAAGAACAUAGCAGAGAAGCUUGCAAGCGUCGGUUUCGCGGACUUCAAGAUACUUGUAUCCAAAGACUUUCACUUCGAAUGGUGA